AUGGCCACCGUGAGCAGCUAUCUACACUCUCUCACCAUUGUGCCCGUCAGAACCGCUGCCACGGCUGGCUCGGCACCACAAAAGAGCACGCGCUUCUUCCCCGCCCAAAUCGAAACAAGGAGCCGGCACACAACCGCCCCGGCUCGCCUCGGAGGGCUCACCGAAUCCCGAACCCCACGGCGCGAGUUCGCCGGAAGACGAGGCAUCAUCGCUUAUAGCUCUUUCAGCAUGGAGCUCUGCACAGCUUCUGUAUCUAUUUCACCGCAUCGCCCCAGUAUAUCAACGUCUAGCCGUCCAGUGCCAUAUACUCGAUAUGCCGGUUCAAGAUCCUGUAUUUCCAAAAGGACAAAGCGAUCUUCACUCUAUGUCAUCAAUGCUGCAUCAACUAAUGCCCUGCUCUCUUCUCGGACCCUACCCACGCAAACUAAUGGUGCAGCUGCGAAAGGCAUGCCCAGCAAAAAGCCCAACAGUGCACUGGAGCAACUUGAUAUCGAGCGUGGUGUCUGCAUGCCUUUCCGAAAGUACUCCCCGGAAAUGGUCAGGAGUAAAGUCUUGGGAUCAAGUGGCUCUGUACUAUCCCUCGCUAGUCGGGGGGUGGAGAUCAUUUGGAAACUAGGCUUUUAUUGGUCAUCUCUGGUGUAUGACUACUUGGUUGGACGGGAUGAAGAAAUCGUUCCGUUCCGUGCCCGCCAGCUCCGCAAUCUUUUAUGUGAUCUCGGGCCAUCAUUCAUAAAAGCAGGACAGGUUCUAGCUAACAGGCCUGAUAUUAUUCGUGAGGAUUAUAUGAGCGAACUGUGUAUCCUACAAGAUGACGUUCCUCCAUUUGCUAACCAGGUGGCCUUUUCCAUAAUUGAGGAGGAACUUGGCCAGCCUCUAGAACAACUAUUCAGCAAAAUUUCAUCAGAGACAAUAGCAGCUGCAAGUCUGGGCCAAGUCUACCGUGCCACACUAAGAGAAACCGGCGAGGAUGUUGCUAUCAAGGUUCAGAGGCCAGGGAUUGAGCCAAUAAUAUUCCGAGAUCUGUUCCUUUUCCGCACGCUGGCUUCCUUUUUGAAUGGGAUUAGCCUUCAAAAACUAGGCUGCAAUGCAGAGCUUAUUGUUGAUGAAUUCGGUGAAAAACUUUUGGAAGAACUUGAUUACACUCUUGAAGCUAGAAACAUCGAGGACUUCAUAGUAAAUUUUAAGAAUGAUCCAACUGUGAAGAUCCCUCUAGUAUAUAAUAAGUUUUCAGGUUCUCGUGUUUUGGUGAUGGAAUGGAUAGAUGGAAUCAGAUGCACUGAUCCGCAGGCUAUAAAAGAAGCUGGGAUUGAUGUAGAAGGCUUUCUCACAGUUGGAGUGAGUGCAGCACUGCGCCAGUUGCUUGAAUUUGGCCUUUUCCAUGGAGAUCCACAUCCUGGAAAUGUUUUUGCGAUGCGAGAUGGCCGUAUUGCUUACGUCGACUUUGGCAAUGUUGCCGUCCUUAGCCAGCAAAACAAAGAAAUCCUGAUUGAUGCUGUAGUUCAUGCUGUAAAUGAAGACUAUGCAGAAAUGGCAAAUGACUUCACAAGGCUUGGUUUUCUUGCUAGUGGAACAGAUGUUUCCCCAAUUAUCCCAGCUCUGGAAGCUAUUUGGCAAAACUCAGCUGGAAAAGGCUUGGCAGACUUCAAUUUCAGGAGUGUGACUGGGAAGUUUAAUCAGCUCGUGUACAAUUACCCUAUCCGCAUCCCAGAAAGAUUUUCUUUGGUCAUUCGCUCUUUGUUGACGCAAGAAGGAAUUUGCUUUACUCUCAAGCCUGAAUUUAAGUUCCUUGAGGUUGCAUAUCCGUAUAUAGCAAACCGUCUUUUGACAGAUCCAAAUCCUGCUCUCCGUGAACGGCUGAUACAGGUGUUAUUCAAAGAUGGAUUGUUCCAGUGGAAACGACUAGAAAACCUUAUAGUUCUUGCCAAGGAAAAUGUGUCAAAGAUGAGUACCAAUCCUGCACUGAAGAGCAAUAGCCUGCAAACUGUGUCGAGUCAAAAACUGGAGAAGAAACUGGAUCUCACUGACACAAUAAAAGAUGGAGCACGGCUGUUCCUUAUCGAUUCUGGGAUCAGGAGACAACUUGUAAUGGCUUUCACUGAGGACUCCAGGUUGCACGUAGACGAGCUUGUUGAUGUAUACAAACUGGUGGAAGAUCAGAUAGAUAUACCUUCAGUUGCUCUUGAGGUUCUCCAAGAUUUGCCAUCGGUCGCACGCGAUUUCAUGCUUUCGUGGAGUGAUUCUGUUCUGUCAGAUCGCCAAAACUAA